AUGGCGAUUCUUCCGAUACAAAAUGCCAUUUCAAUACUAAUCUGUUGCACCGUCAUUCUUGCGUUGCUCCCAACAAUUACAUCUGCGUCGAUGGACAUCAAUUGUGACGAUGAUCAGUACAAACAUUCAUUACGAUGCUUUCUACAUUCCUUAGAACUUCCAAUACCGGACCAAGAGUUCAAGGAAUGGCCAGUCACAUUGUCGAUAAAAGGCAUGUCCUGUUCGGAAGUCUACAUUCAAGACAUUACUGUUCAAACUUCAUCCUCUGGUAGUGACAGUCAACUAUUCAAUAUUACGGUCGGUGAAGUAUCUGCCACGUGUCAUGGAAAAUAUCAUGCCACGGGUGGAAUCGGUGGUGAUUUACAGGCUACCGUUGCCCCUCAACCGGCAGUUCCCGCAGUGCAAGUUCACCACCAAGUCGAUUCGACUUCUGAAAGGUCACCCAUUGCACCUAAAUUCAGCAGAAACAGCAGCACGCUGUCUGUUUUAUCACCGAGCAAAUUCACAACACAAUACUGCCAAACGUAUGUGGCAGCCACGGCGAUCCAUUUCACGGGUUCCAUAAGUGCGAAACUCAUUCAGGCAUUUGAAAGGCCCAUCAAACAUUAUCUGCGCGAGACCUUGCAAAAGACGAUAUGCCCACUGUUGCCACAAAAGUUGGACCCGCUUAUGAAUGAAUACUUGGACAAGUUCAAUGACUGGAAGGAUCAAUAUCUUCCAGCAGCACCAUCCAUAGCACGCGACUCAUUAAUACUGUCAACACCGACAACAACGGCACAACAAAGACGACUGACGCGUGGUGGAAAAUCGGUCCAGACAGUCGAAACUGGCAAUAGUAGUGCGGUCAGCAAUCCUUUCCACUGGAACGUCCCUGCGACCGUUGUUGGCUUUCUCGAGGACGAGUUGACCAAUCACUGGCAAAAUGGUUGGCUAUUGUUCAGUUCUGCCAGCCAAGACUACUGCGAUGCAGAUUGUCUACCCUUUACAAGGGGUUUUUCGGGCAUCAUUCCCGAGCACAACCAGCAGAUUCCUUUGUUAAUAGACAAGAGAGUACCUGUGUUUGACGAACGCUUGCAGCUCUUCAUUCCAAAGGUACAAGUCUGGGGGAUUCAUUCGAUCGAUCAAGUUUCGACUUUUGGAAUAAUGACCAAUCACUCGGUGGUCGUAUUGGUACCCAGUAUGGAAUUGACCUUUGUGGACUCUCGGAACCAGCUGAAACUAGUGUUUGAUGUGGCAUUGAACAUUUCUUCCCUCUCUGCAAAAUGGGAUGGAUUGGUCCAAGUCAAGGAAUGGGAACAGCUGAAACUCUUGACGAUUAUUCAAUCGCUGGAAGACUACAUCAAUACAGGAGAUAUAUCAAAACUAUCUUGCGUCUUGUCCACAAUUGAUUCUGUGGAAUUAAGCGAACUGAUCACGGGAAUAUCGAGUGAAUCGCUCCUCAUCAAACCAGUGGCAAAUUCAUCCAAUGAAGAUCCAUUGGAACGAGAUGUGGACAUUGCUCUGAGCACUGUGACAACACAAGUCUUGCAGGAGUAUGCUGAACUUUGGACAUUGUUAAGUCAAGGAUUGGUAAAGGGACCUGUCAAGGAACUCGUCAACAAGGUCGUCAAGGAUUGGUUGGCAUCCCAUUCCCAAGUAGAUAGUUGCAAUCCGUUGACAAUGGAAGAUGAUCCCGAAGAUAAGCCUUGGUGGCUGGAUUUUACAAAGUGGAAGAUGCUGUACGAAUUCAAUGACUUCUUGAAAGGUCAUACAGACGGACUCAAUCAUUACAUGGAUUGUAUCCAGCGGACAAUACAACACAUUGUGCAAUCCCAACUGGCACACUCCAGCUUUUUCGCAAAGAAUUGGAAUACUCUGACAGAUGUCCAACUCCUACAGCCAUUGAACAGUACAGUUCUUGGAUCCAAGGCGUCGAUCGGUAGCCAGUUGGGUCUUUCUGAGAUACCACAAAUGACACUUUCGCUCGAAGUCGACAAUGCGACGAUCAUUGGGAAUGCCACCGUCAAUAUCACUAUUUUUGCCAGCGCCCAUGCUGAUACGUCAGCGAGUAUCAAGUAUGAUUUGAAUGUACUAAAGAAUGUGACGGCGGAAGGCUUUCUGCAAAAUGGAGAGUGUGGCAUGGUGCCAGCGGUCCAAUUCCACGUUUUGCCGGAAACUAGACUUGAAUUUGAGACUGUUGGUGUGAAUGUGAGCAUUCAAGUGUCAGAAGCCAACCAAUCCAUCCUACUUUCUUCCAUGGACUAUGGUGACCUUGUCGCCCAGGAAGCCGUAGAUUGGGGAAUUUCGUUGGCCAGUGCCUGGAUCAAUCAGGCCUUUGAUGACUGGUUUGCCUUUCAGCCGGGUACUUGCCCCGGAGUCAACAUCGAUCGUUCCAAGCCAGACGAUAAUGGUUAUCCAUCUUGGAUGCGCUACCCACUUGUUUGGGUCGCCUUGGCUUUUGUCGUCUUGGGACAAGCUGGGUUUUCUUUGGUUUUCCGGAAGGAUAGCCAAGAAACGGAAACGAUGACGGCUCAAGAUGUGGAAUACUCGUUGCAAGAGCCUCUGCUCCGGGGAACGUCCGAUGAAUUGAUGGAGCCAGCUUCCAUGACGCUGGAAGAACAAAGCGACGCCUACGACCAGAACAUUUUUGAUAACAUGAGAAAUCUUGAUGAAUCAGUUCUAUCAGAUGUUCGAGAACAGUUAUGGGACGACGAGCAAGGUCACGGAGAGACCGAUCGGGGAUUACCAAACAAGAGCAAAUCUCUUUUCCAAUCGUCGAGUAUUUUCGAACCAGUUCGGUUUCUGUUUCCGAUUGGUGCCUUCGGAACCAUGGUGAUACUGUUGGCGAGCAAUUUGAAUGUUGGUGCUUCGGUCAACCUAUCCCUAAAUCUCGGAGGAACCAACACGUUUGAAGUGCCAGGCGUGUUUGAAUUCAGCCUGGUCAAUACCGUUACUGAAUUUUAUCAAGCAGGGAUUUACCCGUUGUUAUUUUUGGUGGUGGGAUUCAGCGGCAUCUGGCCCUAUUUGAAAUUGCUGUUGUUAUUGCACGCAUGGGUCAGGCCCUAUCCCAGCCGACACGAACGAGAAGCUCGACUGUUGCGACUAGACGCCUUGUCCAAGUUUUCUUUGGUGGAUACCUAUGUUUUGGUGGUCAUGAUUGUCGCCUUUCGAAUGCACAUGGACUUGGCCCAAAACUAUGGCUUGGAUGUUAUUAUCACACCUGAGUUUGGCUUUUAUGCAUUUCUGUUGGCGACUUGCCUAUCGCUUUUACUAGGCCAUGGAAUGCUCUACUACCAUCGACGCGAGGCAAGAGCACCCAAUAGGAAUUACGAAUCCAUCGAUGAGGAUUCUCCGGAAUCUAUUUUGGAUCAUGCCUUUGAGAUUCAAGAAUCGGGCAACCGAGCCCCAUUGUCCAAGUUUUCCCAAGUUCUCUUGUUUACGGGUUGCCUGACAGCAAUUACCUCCCUCAUGGUGGGAUUCUUUCAACCCAGCUUUGCAUUUGAAGUCGGCGGUCUUGCGGGAAUGGUACUAGGCAAUGAUUCCAACCGAAAGGUUUACUCACUCUUCAGCAUGGGAACGGCCCUUUCCAGUAGCGUUCCCAUGAACGUGGGAACAGUCUUUUUGGAGUCGGCCUACUUUUUCUUUGCCAUGAUUACUCCCUUGGUCGGGUUGGGUUGUUUGGUGGUCUUGCUGUUAAAGCCACUGCCCCAUGCCAAACAAAGGUCUUUAUUGGUAGCCGCCGAGAUUGCCAAUGCCUGGAGUGCCAUUGAAGUCUUUGUCCUAUCGAUCAUCACAGCGCUCAUGCAAAUUUCGACUUUUGCUUCCUUCAUGGUGGGCGACAAGUGCGAUUUGGUGAAUCAAUUCUUGGAAGACUUGGCCAAGCGGAACGAUGUGAUCAUUCCUGGUCUCGAGAACAUGCCCGUGUGUUUCACAGUCACCGCAUCGGUGGACUUGCACAAUGGUUGGUUCUUGAUUGUAGGAGUCCUGCUGAAUUCGCUGGUCAUGUCGACGGGCUUGAAACUGGCCCACACGGCAGUGGAACAACGAAGCAUUGCCAUGGGAGAAUACAAUGCAGACCACUUGCAAGAGGAUAGUGACGCACCAAUAAGAUCCAGGACUUGGCUGGAAUGGUUCUUUGCGAUUCCAGCGCUGAGGUGUAUCGUCUUUGGAGCCGAACCUGCCUCGGGACUGGAUCCACCGACGGACAAUGGAAUGGAGGAGGAGGAGAACUCGCAAGCUCCUGGCUCUGACGAAGAGGGCAGUGAACACAGCGAAACCGAUCGAGCCGAUUGGAGACAUUGGUUUUAG